AUGGGCAGGCUGGGAGUAUCCGAAGAGCUAGAGCCAGACAAUAGGGAGCAGCAGGAACAGAGGGUUUACUGGAAUUUAGAUUACCGAACUAGAGCCCCAGAAGUCUGGAAACUACUGGAAGAAUGUUGUGACCCUGGUCAGCUCUUUGCCAUGACAAAGCAAAACUCCCCCAUGGGAAAGAAUCUCUGGUUCGAUGGGGAAUUUUUAUAUUCUUUCACUAUUGACAAUGCAACUUACUCUCUUUUCCCACAGGCUACACCCUUGCAGCUGCCAUUGAAGAAAUGCUCCGUGGUGGGAAACGGUGGGAUUCUGAAAAAGAGUGGCUGUGGCAAACAAAUAGAUCAAGCAGAUUUUGUCAUGCGGUGCAACCUUCCUCCUCUGUCCAGUGAAUACAGCAGAGAUGUUGGAUCCAAAACCCAGCUGGUGACUGCAAAUCCCAGUAUAAUUCAGAAAAGGUUCCAGAAUCUGCUUUGGUCUAGAAAAGCAUUCGUGGACAGCGUUAAAGUGUAUAAUCACAGCUAUAUCUAUAUGCCAGCGUUCUCAAUGAAGACAGGGACAGGACCCUCCCUGCGCGUCUAUUAUACCUUGGAGGACUUUGGUGCCAAGCAGACGGUGCUUUUCGCCAACCCCAAUUUCCUGCGUGACAUUGGCAAGUUCUGGAAGAGCAAAGGUAUCCAUGCCAAACGGCUUUCCACGGGACUGUUCCUAGUCAGUGCUGCCCUUGGCCUGUGUGAAGAAGUAACAAUUUAUGGCUUCUGGCCUUUCUCAGUGGACCUGCGUGGGAAGUUUAUUAGCCAUCACUACUAUGACAAUGUCUUGCCCGAUUCUGGAUUCCAUGCCAUGCCGGAGGAAUUUCUACAGCUCUGGUUUCUUCAUAAAAGUGGUGUCCUGAGAAUGCAGCUAGAACAAUGUGAGGACCCUUUAAUCCAGUCUGCUGCCUAAGGAUUGCAGGGGUCAGUCUGGGAGAUCCAAAAGUUUUUAAUUUCCCUGUCCUACACAAAGAGGGCUCUAUUUGCUGUUGAUUCUUUUUAAAGGGAAAAAUAAUUAUGGAUUUGCAUGGACCAUAAAAAUGCUACUUGAAGGCCAAAUGGAAAGCAUCCUUAAAGUGUAAUGUUUAAUGAAACUCGGGUGAGGGGAAAAGAAUCUCCCCGUAGAGUCCUUUCAGCAGUAUUGUAAAAAUAAUGUCAAAAGCAACGCAGCUGAACUUUCUGGGUGAUGUUUUUAAAUGACCAAUGUAAAAGGGCAUUAAGACUCAGAGAGAAACAGGGCCACCCACGAGCUUUUGCUGACAGUGCCAAAUAUGACUGUCUGUUCAAAAAUCCAUUUCAUUCCAGAUUGGCAUCUCAUACAAGUUUCUUACCCUUUUUCUUUUUUUUCUCUAUAUACGUGUGUGUGCGCGCGUGUGUGUAUGUAGGAGUAUGUGUGUGGUUUCCUCCUUCCUUCCUUCCUUUCUUUUUCUUUUUUUCUUUUUUUGGUGGGAGGAAGGAAGGGGAAAGACUUGAAAGCCAUGGGAGCUGAGUAUCAUCAGCUCCUCCAGCGACUCUUGGGAGAAUUAACAGUGCAGGAAAUCUGGUAGAAAACUGUCUUAGGAAUGCCCUGGUACUGAUUAGGGGUGGACCUUCCUGUUGUAGAAUUUAUCAGGGUGGUUUAGGUCAUUGCACGUGUAGUUAGGCUAAUUUUGUAUCAUGGGCAAGAGCUGGCAAAGGGCAACUAUUGAAAAUAAAACUUUUAUUCUGCUACCAAAAAGAAACAAAAAAAACCCAUUAAAUACACCCUGGUUUAAGUUGGCCUGUUACAAGAUUUCCGCACUGACUUUUGUAGUAGGGAUUGCUCCUGACCUGUUUUGCUGUCCAGCCUUUAGGAUUAAUUCUGUGUUCGUUUGGACUGCAGAUGCACACUGACUAUCAUGGGGAUAUGAGGUGUUCAGUGGAAUGCAGAAGGAGGUUCUUCAUUUGCUUAUAGCAGAAAAAUUGCAGAAAUGAAUGUAAGCGUCGUUUAAAAUGAGUUGAAAUUUUGAAAAUUCUUUCUCUUUGUGUGACUAGCUCUUCUGUUUGGAUUGUAAUGUUGGCCUUAAAGACUUGUACUUUUCUUGCAAGAUGGUCUCUGGUCAAAGAUAGUCUGAAAAAUAAAACAGCCUUUGGGAGCACUCAAAAACUACAUAGCCAGCAAGAAAAAGAAAACGAAAAUGGUAAGCGCUUAUGUAAUGCAGUAAUUCUCCUUGCAAUCAGUGAAUUACAUAAGUGUAUACAUUUCACUUAGGCUGCUCUAGUCAGUGCAAUGCCUAAAGGACUGUUUUAUUUUUGGUUAUUACUUGGAGAGCAGAUGAUCCUAUUGCCAUGUACAUGAGAAAUCUUUUUGCUUGUUUGUUUGUUUUAGCACUGUAGGACAGGAAGAGAGUACCAGUGCAGUCUACGGUGCAAUUACUGCUGCAAGACGUUAUCACCAUUAACUUUUAAGUCCAGAUUAGUGUUCUCUUUCUCAUACCUCCAUCAUUAGUAGCUGCAAUUCUGGUCAAGCUGUUGAAACAACAAAACUGUCAUCAGAUUUCCACAACGAUUUCCUGUGCUACCUGUUUUAGCUCCAUAGUGCUAGUACUUUGGGGGGAUGUGUCCUAUCAGAUGUUGACAACCUCUCUCUUUGUAGAAUGCCAGCUACACAUUAUAUAGAUAUCAUUAAAAAAAGCAGAAACCUUGACUCUUCUUUAAAUGUGAAUAAUUCAGCUGUCAUUGUAGGACACUGGGAAAAAAAGCAUGUUUUGCUUUUUAAAUCUGCGUUUCAGAAUAAAGUCUUCUUUCUAGAAAUUAAUUUUCCAAACAUAAAGUGGGCGUUGUUCCACGGGAUUAUAGUGCAGUUCUAAACUGUAAAGUGGGGAUUGGGAUUAAGUGGUGUUUCAGAGAUUGACCUGAUAAAAUCUGAAUGUGCUUCUAUAACCCAUUUUAUCUUGGUCUGUAUUUUUUAAAAAGUGCAGUCAACACAUUGAUGGACUGUUGCUCCAUCAGAUAAUUCUUUCACUUGGGUUAUGUGUCUGUUGUAUUUACAAUGUGGGUACUCAGUGAGGGAGGAUCUGAAACUGAAGUAUUUUCUUUACUGCUUGUUAUGGCAAAUUUUCACUGAGCUACCUUUCUUGGAGAACAACAGAUGACUGUACGGUUUUCAUUGUAUACGCCAAGUUUUGCACUUUUUAAUGCUUUAAAGAAGACAUUAUCAAUAAGAACAACUCUCAAAAUAUGAUGUAUUAAAAUGGCAUUUCAGAGGAUGCCAGCAUUUCCUUGGGGGUGGUGGGAAUGAGGAGAGUAGGGAAAAAAUGCCCCUUUCCAGGCCCUUUUUGGUAUUUGGAAAUCCUUUCUCCCAUGUUCUGGGAAAAUAACCUGGUUAGAAGAACAAGAGAAAACAAGUAUUUUUCAUAGGGAAAGUCAAUGCAGUAUUUUAUAAUAUCUGGCUUGUUUAUUUUCAGCCAGUGCCCUGGGGAUCUGGAAAUGUUAUAUUCCCCAUCUCUGUAUGACUGAAGCAGACUGAACCUAUAGCCUGUGGUCUUUCUGAGUCCUUUCUGAUGUCUGAAAUCCUGAUGUUUGCAAGAAGAUAGUUUUCAAAAAAUGAGGGGGCUAGAAGAAGCCCAAGCUGUGCAUGAUACAUGUGACUGGUGUCGGAGGACUUGAUAACCAUUCACCUUUAUUUGUAGUGAAUAUAACUGGAUCUUACAAGACAACCACAUUUGACAGGACAGUAGAGGUUUCAAGGUUAAAUAAUUCUCUGUAACUUCUGAGAAAACAGGCAGCUUGGGGAAGGAGAGAAACGAAAAUAAAUGCCCCUUUUGAGAGAAAGACUGCAGUGUGAGCUCAAGAGAAAACUGUCAGUCCACACAAGGCUGCUGGCCACCAGCAGCCUUUUGCCUUGCAAGUAGAAAGGGAGACAGGAGACUACUGGAAGUGUUUUGGGGCAAGAGCAGUGAUAGUAAAAAUGAAAAGCAGCUGGAGAUGUGAGAGUGGAAGCUGUGUGACAAAAAUCUUUGAGGCUCUGUCUGUUCUGCUGCGCACAGCGUAAAGCUUGCCUUGUUCACAAUUCAGGGUAGUGGGAUCCAGGUAUAGGACCACCGACGUGAAAUACGGAGCUGCAUGCAGUUGGGUUGAAAUUGUCUGCCUCUUUGGGAGGGAGGACACGCCAUAAGAUAGGAUCCUUUCUUUCUGCUUAAACACAGGUGCAAUCACAUCGAGGAGGCUGACUGUGUUAACCAUGAGAAAUUAGCAUCGCACGGUCAUGGCAAACUUUGGACAGAGCGGCUAUAUCCAUCCAUUAUAUGCAUCACUUACUGAUUAAUCACACAGUGCAAUUGUGCACAGUGCAGUCUUGUUGAUAGCUGUGCCCUUAAUCAAAUCUCAGUGUUUAUGUUGCUGUAUUUUCCUUGAAGUGAAUUGAAAUCUUAAUGUUUGUUUUGCAAGCAAAGUUCACAGUUCCAGCUUCUCUAUUUCCACUGCCUGUCUCUGAAUUUCUCUGAUACUGUAAUUAAAGCUACACAAGUCUUUGCCAGGUUGAAAACUGCAAUUCAUCUCCCAUAAAACCCAGUUCAGACUUGCCAAAAGACUUGUUAAUGUACUUGGAUAUUAAUUUUGUCAUAGACGUGACAGGGUGCAGAAACACUGGAAUCAUUGCUCUGCAUGGGAAAUAUUGCUCCUAGAUUGUAAAUAGAAUGAAUUAAAAUCCCUUUACAAGAUGUGUGCAUGGAAGAUAUUGAGCACUGAAAUCAUUCCAAGUUUAAUCUUUGUAGACGUGUAUAUGCUUUUGAGUAAAUCAGGGCCAAUGUAUGAACUUGUGCCAAAACAACAUAAAACUCAUUUCUGUUGAUUUUGAAUCUUGUGGAGCCCAUUCCAAAACAGACAGGCAAAAGAGAAGCCAGCAAAAAAUCAUGAUGGGGGAGAGGGGGGUAACCAUGACAAUGAAAGCAUUUGUAAAUUGCUGUAUUAUAAUUUUGCUGUAAUUCUAAGGACUCUUAUUCAUGAAUUAUGUGUUUUAUAUUUUUGCUGAAACAAAGAUCAAGUUUGGGCUGAACCAACUACAAAAGUCAGAGGUCCAAGCCUUUUUUACAGCUUCACUUCUGUAGAAUAAGGAAGUAUUAGCUGUUUUGUUGAUGUAACUACUUUCAAGCUUUUUGUUAGCAUCACUCAAAUGGUGUCGUAACAUGCGCUGCUGAGCAUGCUUGUCUGUGGAAGGUGGAACUAAGUAAAGCAUCUGCUUUUUUAAACUGUA